AUGUGGUCGGCUUCAAGUGCCGCAAGACGGAGGGAAACCACCUACACAUCGGACUAUGAUGCGACACCAGAGCGAAUGUCGCCAUCCAUCUCAAGGAGGUCGUUUGAAACAAGGCAGAGGAAUGCAAAUGCACUCUUCAGUGUAAUACCCAGGAACGAUAUACGAUCAUCAACUACAUUUAGAGAUGAUGCAAGUUCCGGAAUUAGCAGCUCGAAAGCAUCCCUAAGAAGUGCUGAUAGCAUGAGCAGGACUGAUACUCUGGACUCUCGUGACGAAACGGAUACCGUGCAACUGGGAUCAUUUUUCAAGAGUAGUACAUUCAGGAGUGAGUCUAGUCGAAGGGACAGCUCUGGCAGGUCACGAGGAUCAAAGUCUGAUGUUGUCAGUGAUUAUAAUAAUAUUGACCGCUUAGAAUCUAGUGAGGGCUCGGAAUCGUCAAGGAUGACAAAAGAGGUACAAAGCGAUGAUGGUGCUAGUUCAACAAACUCCGAUGGAAACAACUCAGCACAGACACAUAUAUCAAAUACAACUGAACACAGGAUAGAACUAGACUGCAACAAAUAUGGUUUGACUGAGGAAAGCAUAGAGGAAAUAUUGUCCGGACGUAGCCGUAACAAGGCGAAAGAAAAUGCACAGGUUAUAAGUGACCACAUAUCAGACAAUAGUGAUACUUCGUAUGACUGUUUCCGUGAGGAAAUGCUUAUUUACUUGCUUAAACAGCAGGUAAAACUGAAAAACAAGCUUAGGAAACACAUGAAAAAUAAUGAUAAAGCGAACGUCGAGACUGGUGGACAGGGAAAAAAGAAGAGCUCCUCAACUACAAAGAAAUGCAGGGAUCUUAGGGAACUCAGCCCAAAUGAGCUUCAAGAACUUGAAAAGUUAUUGGACAACAAAAAUAAAAUCGAACAGGAUCGUGAAUCACUAGUUGAUACACCAACCGAACAUGCGUUGGAAAAUUAUUCAGAUCAGGAAAACGACGGGUGGCAAUCUGAUAACAUGGCAACUCCUUCAAAAUUCCAUGGAUUCUCUCAUGAGACCACAUUGUAUUCGUCACAAGACGCCACACCAACGGCGGCUAAUGCCAUGUUAUCGGAUAAUGAGGAUAUGCCUUUGAAGAACAAGAAAUGUGCACAAUCGGGGAAACAAUUAAGCUCCUCAGAUUCGGUCAUAUCACAAGAGGCCAAUUCGCUCCACAAUGAAAUUGACCAACUAAUAAACAAUUUAGAGAACACAGGGUUAGGGAAUCGUGGAUCAAAUGAUCAGCAGGCAUGCGUUGAUAAUGUUAUGGCUCCGCCACAGCAGAACCCAUUUUGUGACCCGAAUGUGAAUGUAUGCUACCCCCAACAGAAUGAAAUGAGAGGUUAUGUCGAUUCUGAAGAGUUGAUCAUACCUAUCAAAAUACCCGUAAAACCACCUAAACCUGAUGUGAUGGAUGCACAGGUUAUGACAGAUGAAACUGCACGUGAAAAUGAGCUUCACUUUUAUGAAAGGUUUACAAAAGAUAUGGAAAAGGAAGACGAAGAAAAGAAAAGGGCACAUCAAACCGAUAAUACACGAAUCACAAAGAAUGGCAUAUCAUGGGAGAUUACGGAGUCAUACUUGAAGGAGGAAGAACGACGUGUACUUCAGGAACGGAAACGUGCAGAACUGUUAAGGAAGAUGAACGAGCCGGCAAAUGCAAACUCAAAGAAAUUAAGCGAUCACUAUGCCCAGUGGCAGGCGAGAAAGGCGGCUGGCAAGAAGGACGACAAAAAGACGAAGAAGCCACAAAGUGACCAAGAGACUGGAAUGGAAUGCUGUCCUACCUGCCGGCAGAUGCCAUGUGAUGCAACUAGCGGUAUACCUUCACAAUGUUGUAUGAACGUAUUCAGGCGUACCAGAGAUACGAACAAAAACACAGAAGAAACACCUGCUACGGCAGAGCGCCCGAUGAAAGAGAAUGAUUCCAAGGAACCACAAAGGGAACCGUCUCGGCCAAUAUCGCACGAAAAAAGAUUACUCGACAACCUGGAAGAUGGAAGGAAUUACAUGGACGUCUACAUCAAGGGUACUUGGGACCCGCGCACGGGAGCCGUCAGAAUAAGUAAUGAUCUAGACAGUAUACAAUCCACGGAUAAGAAUAAAAUACUUGAUGACUAUGUGAACUUUUUAAAACAGAAUCCUGGGAACUGGAUCCAAGAGCAAGGCAAGAAAUUGGACAAUUCGCCAAACAAGGCUGCAAGUGUUGCAGAAGACAUGGAUGCAAUACGUGAUAUCCCAAUGGGAACACGUGAUUUAGGUGAUAACACGCUAGAUGCACUCAAAUCUUGCGGCAGACAUAACUCUGAGGGCAGUGACUCAGUAGCCUCAUCACCAAGGAGCUCACGACAAACCGGAACCUCCGAUAGCCCAAGACGUAUGUACGAACGAGAUGAGUUCAACCUACCUACUGGACCAUUUCCGACGGAAUACGAUGAUGACGACCUCACUGAUACACGCCGUCAUAACAAAUAUGCAAUGGGUUUCAGCGAUUUCUAUAUGCCUCCAUUCAGGAAUGCUGCAGAUAUUUACAAUUCACAAAUGGCAAUGCUCAAUGGUGGAAGAUUUAAGAUGACAGAAGAAGCGAACCAUCACCAUUAUCAUCACUACUGCAUGGAAAAACGCCACAGAAAGUGCCACCAUAAAAGAAAGCACAAACAUUCCUGCUCUAAAAGGAAACAUAAGGCAGAGCAUCCCGAAAAUGGUUGCCAUAAUGGCAUGUGCAAGACUCACGAACAUUGCAAAUUCGACAGGAAACAUCCAAUGGGUGUUCACUGUUCAUUCAAAGAACAAUCCAGACAAAGCUCAGACCCUAUAAUACAGGAUGCUUCACCGAGAAACAAUUUUGAAAGCAGGACUAUAGAGAAGGAACAAAUCCCUGUAAAUAAUUACGAACCUGUUGGCGUCUCCAAGAUCCCAUCAUUCGGGAUACCUGGCGAUGCCAACAUUAUGUCAGGCAUCAAAAUGUCCGAGAUGGAAUCGCCUUUAUCCGUUAGCGACAUUAUUACAAAUGUGGAGAAGGCAAGGAGCACAGACUUUGUCAAGGUCACAACGUACCACCAUCCCUUGGUAAAUUAUAACAUGAAUGCAGGUAAAUGUUCUCUCGUGAAAAGUCUAGUGGCAUGUUGUACCGACAAGAAUUCAAGCAUUGAAGGAUUGAGGUGUAUAUCAUCGUCAACUGUGGAGGGUGAUACUACAGCAUGGAGUGACAGCGAAGCUGGUUCACCACUAAGGAGCCUGAAACGCUCCCCUAGGUAUCCUCGGGUUUUCCAAAGGCGUUCCCACUCUAGGGGAAAUAGCCCUCGUGAAUGUGUAUCACCACUUCGAGAUAUCGAGUUGUGUGACAAGAACCCAUUAUGUAACACUGAAACCAAGGAACAGGCUAAGGUGCAGUAUGAUUCAGGUGCUGAAUCAGGCGAGCAAUUCACUUUCCGUGACAUGGAACCAGACAAGGAUUCAAUGUCACCAUCAAUUUACAAAACACGGGCCAUAUAUGUAAGCCAAGAAUGA